CGCAAAUAUCGCGAGAGGGUUUGUUUUGUUCGCGCUGACAGUGCAGUGAAACAAGUUUCAUCCCUGAUGAUCAGCAAAUUCAAAACAUUCCUGGACUAAUGCUGUGUGGGAGUGAAUCAGCAACAUUUUAAAACAUGGGUUAGAAUCUUUAGGCCAUCACAAUUCAUGUUCAGUGCUAAAUGUCAUCCAGACUUUAUUUAUGGGUCUAUCAGGUGAAUUAGUUCAGAAAUGACUUCAUACUUUGAUGAACAUGACUGUGAACCAACAAAUCCCGAAGAACAGUACCGACAGAAUGCCCUGCUGGAACUUGCAAGGUCUCUAAUGCAGGGCCUAGACAUAGACUCGGGUUCAUUUGAUUUGUCGGACUGGGACCAGCGACUCCCCCCUCCUGCAGCAAAGACUGUGGUUCAGAGUCUUCCUGUGGUCAUUAUCUCCCCUGAACAAGCAGAUAAAGGACUGAAGUGUCCGGUGUGUUUAUUGGAGUUUGAGGAGCAAGAGACAGUAAGAGAGAUGCCAUGUAAGCAUAUGUUUCACACGGGGUGUAUCCUGCCAUGGCUCAGUAAGACCAAUUCCUGUCCAUUGUGUCGACUUGAAUUACCCACUGACAAUCCAGACUAUGAGGAGUUUAAAAAAGAUAAGGAACGGAGAAGACAAAGAGAACACAGGCUAGAAGAUCUACAUGGAGCCAUGUAUACAUGACCUCUGAGGACUGAAUAUGAAUGACACUCAGUUUGUUAAAAGUGAGUUAAAUGUGCAGGGACCAGACUUUGAAAUCAUUGAGUGUGCUCGUACUUGAAGAAACAGCCAUGUUUUAAAUGUUUUUUUUUUGUAUCGCUAUGCACCGAAAACUGUUUGUAUGAAAUAUGUCACUAGCAACGUAGCUUCAUAGAUGCCUCUUCACUUUUAUUAAAUGUUUUAUUGAUCAUAGUAAGGAGUUUAAAUGUUGUAGUGUGAAAUGACAUCGAUUUGAUCCAUAAUUUAGUAUCAAUAUGUUUUGCUUUCUGAAAGCAAUUUCUGUAGUGCUGAGAAACCUUUUAUCGGUGUCAUAGGUUCCGACGUGGCUUCCCAGACAGUAUUUAGCUUAAGCCGGACAAGACCUUAAGUUUAAUUAGAAAAAAAUAAUUAGUUUCAACAAACAUGCCUUACUAAAAACAUUACUUGUGUGCAUUUUGAGGCAAAACAAAGGACACUGAUGUAUUUUAACAUGUCAGUGCAAGUUGUUUUCAGUUUGGACAGCUCUUACAUUUAUUUUAGUCUAGGACUAGUCUAAUCCCUGUUCGGGAAACCGCCCCAAAGUGCCCUAUUUAAUAUUAUAAUUGUGACUCA